AAAACAAAAAUUCAACCUGCGGUUCCCCAGUUGACCACGGUAUCUACUGAAAGAAAAAUUAUCACGUUAACUGACACACCAUACGAAAAUUCAGAGAGAAUUUUACAUGAAGGCGGUGCUACUAAAAAUGACAAGAGAAAAUAUACACAAAGUGAUAAACACAAAUCUCGGCCACAAAAUAAAGACAUAGUCACUGAAGAGCAAAAACCUCGCGGUGGGACCACACUAACACCACUAGUACCUACCCGACAUGGUACCACCACAGCAAUACCAACCGCUACCUUUCUUGUUACCCCCCGAAUUCAACCAUCUGAAAGACUUCGUUCGGAAUUGUCUUAUGAUCAUGAUAAAGCUGGAUCUGAUAAGGAUACAAAAGACGAGCGUGUCACUAAAAAAGGAAAGAAUUGUCGUUUCUCAGCUGAAGAGCAGCCAAGAUCAAGUCCGCUAGCCACAAACUUUGCGGGAGUGUUGGCUGGAAUUUUAAUUUUGUUGCUGAUUUUCAUCGUCACUCCUCGUUUAACGUAAGUAGAAACAUUUGCUUAGACGUUUUUCGAAAUUAAAAAAUCUGUGAUUUACGAAAUCAUAUUCUCAUAAGUCAUUCAGCAGGUAAAUUAUUAUUGAGAGUAAGUCACUCUCUGCUUAAGAACCCAUUUGCCGAUUCUUCUCGCCGCAAAAGACGAGCCCUCUUAUUUGCGCGGAAGAAAAGCGGUAUACACCACUUUACGUCAGGCGCUCGGAAUAUUGGAACUUUGACGUGCUUGUAUUACAUUACUGUAAUGUAUUUAAAACAUCUCGGCGCUGGUGCGACUUUAGAGACUUGAACUUAAAGAGUUCUUUUGCUCGCUUUAAAAGCAAAUUUUGUUCACGUGUCUGCUCUUUCAGAGUGCAGAGGCAAACCAGUCUACACAGAGAGAUCAAAUUGGUUAAUUUUAUUUUACUCCAUCUUUUUACUUUUAAUAGAAGAAUUUACAGCGACCGCUGGAGACGACGGAACAAUCCUGAAUUCGGCUUAAACAUUCCACCAAAUGGUUACUUAAGCGAAGAGUUGAGCGAGGAGGAAAUCAUCUUUGACCGAGCAGUUCUGGAACGAAAAAAUAGUUCAUCGAAAAAUGGUUUCUCUAUAGCGACAUCCUGGACAUCUUCAAAGUGGCUGUCACCUGACCAUUAUUCAAAUAUUCAGUCUUCAGGUGCAAAACAAGAACAGAAAAUAUGGACAUUGACCGAAAAGCCGAGAUCUACCCCUCUAAUGGCUGUUCCUGAGAACACUGAAAACCCUGAAGCAGAGAUUUUGACCGCCAAUAAGAAUCUGGAUCCAAAAUUAACGGAGUCUUGGUUAUCCACUUCAUCCCUGUCUGAAUCAGAAAAUUCCACACCGGCUGAAAUAUCUCGGUCUGGAUCUCUCACCAGUGUAUCUAUAUUUUCACUGACACCUGAAUUUGGAGGUCUUGACGAUGAAUUCUCCUCAUACGAGUCAACUUCAAGUUGUGGCCUUCCUGACACUAAAGUAUCCGAAUCACUGCCUGCAACAACCCUCUCGACUACUGCUUCAACUGAAUCCUCAAUUGUGACCAUCCCUGAAACAUCAUCAUUACCAAACCCUUCUACUCCUCAUCAGUUCUUCAGUUUGUUCCUUAACCCGGCUUCUUCUGAUAAAUUGGCACACACCUCGUCGAUGGAACCAGAUCGCAUCAGUUCGUCCUCAGAGUCCUGCAAGACAGAUGCGACCCUCCCAGAGCCAUCGCCUUCACCACACUCAUCUGCUACGCGGCUGUCCUCAAUUCUAAGUCUACAGCCGGUCUCUUCUGAUGAACAAACACUAACAUCGUCAGUAGCAACGGAUCGCAAAUCCUGCAAAAUACCCGUGGCUCCUCGUAAUGAGGUUGUUAUUAGAAUAGACGAUGACGAGGACAAAGAAAUCUUUCACUCGAAUGAAAAUAAUGAAGAAAUAGUUGGCAAGGAUGUGAAAUCAGCGGGUCAAGUAUCG